AAACAAUUGCCGGUUCGAGAAGACAUCUCCGGUUCGUUCAAUUCUUGCAUCCAUCUGUCUCUCUAUUUCUCUCUCCCUCCUCUCGCACCGGAAAAAAAAAAUCUCGAAGCGCAAUUGCGUAGAACAUACAGAAGAGACAGCUAUAAAAGGGGUAUCUUCAUCUGGUUCUGUUGAGUUUCCUUCUGCUUCUAGGUUUUGGUUCGACAUUCGUAAAUAUCUCAUUCAAGAAGCUACAGCUCGCAAGCGAGCUCCUGGGCUUCGAAUCCUAUGGACGUGCGAGCCUCAAAUCGGAUCGAUGUCUUUGAGAUUUAUAAGAGAUUUUGUGAUAUUAGAUCGGGAAAGGAAUAUAUGUCUGAGGGCUAUGGACAAGACAAUGAAUUGCAAAAGGCUAAAUUUACAAGGGAGGCAUUGGCUGAGCUCUUCAAAUCGGUGCAGUCAACCGUUGAUACGAGGAUUACUAUUUUUGAUGAACUAUCCAAGCUCAUGUCACGUUUAAACUUGAUGCGAGACUUUUCUGAAUUCUCACGCUUUUAUGAUUUUGUGUUCUUCAUCUGUCGUGAGGAUGGUCAAAAGAAUAUCACUGUGAGCAAGGCCGUUACUGUGUGGAGAUUAGUUUUAGCUGGGAGGUUUCGAUUACUUAACCAAUGGUGUGAUUUUGUUGAGAAAAAUCAGCGACACAAUAUUUCUGAGGAUACUUGGCAGCAAGUUUUAGCUUUCAGUCGCUGUGUGCAUGAAAAUCUGGAAGGGUAUGAUCCUGAAGGAGCUUGGCCUGUUCUAAUAGAUGAUUUUGUUGAGCAUAUGUACAGGUUGCUGGGCUCCAGUGAUGAUGCUUUCUGUUGCAAUUGUGGUGAUAUCGAGACCCAGACAUGCAUAUUUGAUGAUUCUCUUCCUGGGUUGAAAGUUGUGCCUGGUUUGAAGAGGAAGUUGCCCAGGUUUCAAAAAGAUGAUAUGGUGUUAUGUGAUGCCUUCUCUUCUGAAUCGGCAAACCUCAACCCCGUAUCGAAUUCAAAGAGAACUAAGCUCAUCGCCCAAAAACCCAGCCAUUGGGAGGACCAUCGUGCUCGGAAUUGUCCCGAUUGCUGCAUGGACAUGGUUAAAACUAACAGCCCAUUGGGUUCAUCUAAGUCACCUUGUGCUGUUGAAGGUUGUCUGUCGAGGGGUUUUGCGGGGCUCUUUUCAACCAGUUCUGAUUUGCAUUUUGAUCCCCAGAGGAGAGUUUCUUUUACCUAGAGCUCCCCUCGAUUUGUGAAUGCAGAAGUAUAGACUUUCAUGAGUUGAUGCGGGCUGACACUAUUGCAUGUUUGGUUUUGUGGUUAAGUUUAUGCAUGCCUGCAACCUCUUGAAUUUUGCAGGAAUUUGCCGCUCUGGGGUACAUGUGGUUUUUGAAUGAUUUGUUGGUGAAUCUUACCAUAAUUCUGUUACAACUGAUGAAGUCAAUAAAAUACUAAAUAAAUUUCUUUGAUUUGGGGUUUCA